AUGUCGCUUUAUAUUUUUUUUAAGGAACGCGCGUCUCUUUUCUCUUCUAAGAGGGAAAAUGAAAUCCGAAAAAAUUUUGAACCCCGCUUUUUCUCCUACAUUCGUAUCGAUCUGUUCUCUAACAUCUAUCUCAUCUCCUUCGUCUCCGCCCCUCGCCCACCUCCACUACCUCCAACCCACAUCGACUCUUUAAGUCUGCACAACGUAGCUAGGGCUUUUUUUGAUCGGAGGUUAUGGUGGGGACAUUGUAAAAAGCUUGCACCUGAAUGGAAGAAGGCUGCAAAGAAUUUACAAGGAAAGGUGAAGCUUGGACAUGUGAACUAUGAUGACGAAAAGAUAAAGAGAGUCCAAUCAUUUGCCCUUGUUCAACUAGAAACAAAUGUUGCUCCUCCUGAAGUGAUAAAGUUGACUAGCUCAGAUGUGAUGGAAGAGAAAUGUGGUUCAGCUGCCAUCUGUUUUGUUUCCUUCCUCCCUGAUAUUUUGGACUCUAAGGCUGAGGGAAGGAAUAAGUAUAUAGAAAUUCUUCUAUCAGUUGUUGAAAAGUUCAAAAGGAGUCCUUACAAGAAACACUUCAGGCUUCUCCCCUUUGGAGUUCAACCAAAAUUAACAUAUGAUGAGAUGAAAAUUCUUAGAAGACUUGAAAGGCCUUUACCAUGUCAUUUUGCUUUAGAUUUUGACAACGUUAAAGAGGAAUUUAUGCAUACCAAUAACAUGCAAAAUACACCUCUUGAACUCAACUGGAGAUAUGUAGAAUUGGCCAGACGAAUUGAAAAAACUGGGGUUUCUGCUAUUGUUGUUCAUGGAAGACUAAGGGCCCUCAUUGUUGGAAGUAUUGGAGAGUUUUUAUCAGCUGCUUUGCUGCCUCCAGAGCCAUUAGCUGUCCAAAAUGUUGUGGAUUUUUCAAAGAUGAUUGGAGCAUUAGAUGUAAAUGAAAAUCUUACACAUCUUGAUGCUCAAUUACUUGAGACUAAAUCGGGGAUUAGCAACAGAUUAAGUCAUAAUCAAUCAUCGGUUAGCGCCAUUAUAUGCUCAGGCCUUUUUCCUGGCAUUGCAUCUGUAGUGCAUAGGGAGACAUCAAUGUCCUUCAAAACUAUAGAUGAUGUCCAAGUCUUACUCUAUGCAUUUUUUUCUUACGUCGGUGGUGGCGAAGUUCAAGAUUAA